UGUUUACCAUUUUUACGUAAAGUUUCGCUUUUAUUUCAGCAUUUUGCAGCGAACUCGCUAACCCACUAUACGCUGUGUACGCUACAUACCAUUGUCCGCCCGCCGCACAUGCGAGGUGAUGUCAUCCGGCCUGACGCGAUCGGUGGCAAAGGAGCGUCGGUGCGCUGGCGUUGGGCGGUCGUCAAUCCGCGUCAUGUGAGGGCUGCUGCCGUCGCAAGAUCUCAGCGUGGCUCAGCUGUUUCCGAAGGCGGCGGCGGCAAUGACGUGCACGUGAGGCUAACCGGAAAGGCAGGGCGAGAUGCGCGAAGCCGGCUGCGUCGGGUGUCCGCCGCUGAACGUCGUCGGCACCGUGGCCCGCGCGUUCGGCGCGCUCUUCUUCGCCUGCGUCUUCCAGCAGCAGCUCAUGGCUUCGCUCUACAUCGCCGCGCUCUUCGUGGCGCUCGCCUGCUACGCCAUCCACCGAGCAGCUCUACCGCGCGUCGACGACGCGCUCGCCGCCGAGGUGAUUCUCGGAGUCGAACGCGGCGCUGGCGACGCCGACGCCCCGCUGCCGCCCGUGUUCGCGCACCGCGGCGGCGGCCACGACGCGCCCGAGAACACCCUGGCAGCCAUCCGGGAGGCGAAGCGCAACAACGCCUCGGGGAUCGAGUUCGACCUCUCCUUCACGCUUGACAGCGUCGCCGUCCUGUUCCACGACGAGACCCUCGAGCGCACCACGAACGGCGAGGGGCCGCUCGCUGCCAUAACCUUCGAGGCCCUGCGCCGACUCGACGCGGCCGCCAAGCACCCCUUCGCCGAGCGCUUCGUGGACGAACGCGUGCCGACGCUCGAAGAAGGCGUCGAGGAGUGCCUCCGCCUCGGCCUGCGGCUCAUCCUGGACGUGAAGGAGCACGACCACCGAGCCGUCGCCCUCGUCGACGAGCUGUUUCGCCGGCGGCCCGAGCUCUAUCGGCGGGCGCUCGUCGCCUCCUUCUACCCGCAGUUCAUCUACGCGCUCCGGCGCCAGAACCCGGGCAUCGUGACGGCGCUCACUUGGCGACAGGGGUUCGUGGCGUACGACGACAUCGAGAACCUGCGCCCGCGCUUCAAGUCGUACACCAAGCACCUCCUGGCGCGGGUCGGCGACUGGCUGCUGGACCGGGCCCUUCACGGCGGCCUGCUGUCGUACCUGACCGGAGCCUCGGCCGUUCUCAUCUGCAAGAACGUGCUGAGCGCCGAGUACGUUCGGUCGUGGCGCGACCAGGGUAUGCACCUGCUCGCGUGGACGCCCAAUCACCCGGCCGAGAAGGACUUCCUUCGCAAGGUUCUUCGGGUGCCCAUCAUCACCGACACUUUGCGCCACGCCUAGACGUGCCCGACGCUUUUAACUCCCUUUCCGACGCACAUAAUUAAUCUCUUUUCUUGGAUAGUCUUUUUCACAAAUUGCUGGUGCAUGCGCUCGUAAUGUCAGACAAGCGAAUAAGAUUGUUGCAUGACUGGGCUUGCGAAUUAGUGCGAAACUUCCUGCAUGUGCUUUAAGGGCCGCUCCAUUUAACAUGCCUAUAAGCCUACAGUGACCCUUCGUGGCGCUCUUUUUUACGUACUUUGCAAGAUUGCGAUCUUUUUCCGCCUCUUAGAAGCGAUACCAUGUGAAUGACGGAUGCAAUACAUAACAAUCCUGUAGUAGAUUCUUAACCCUUUGCGACACGCAUUAGGAUAUAGUCAUCAGAAAAUUUUGAAACUGCCUGUGUGCACUCUUGAUGAACAAUAUUUCAGUAGAAAACCAUAAACAAGCCGGUACCUUAGGUACUUAAUAAAUUAGGUCGCGUCCUCAUAUGUACACACUGUGACUCAAUACAACUAAGUCAGCAAAAGUCAACCGAAGGCUUUAUUGCAUGAAAAUAUUGCAGGUAGAGCGAUAAAAAAUUCCUCUUUGGUCAUCAGCUGAUCAGCCUUCUUGCUUACUUGGUGCGAUAUUCAUAAAAACAGUCAUUAGUGGCAGACAGGCACAAGAACACUUCGCACUUCCUGCACCGAACUCGUGAUUUGGAAUUGCAUCCAGGCUUCCGGCAACGCUGUGGGAAUCGUGCAUCCACGUGCUGAGGCCAGUGCGCUUUACCAUCCAAACGAACAGUGUUUGUAAGGAGGGGUCCACUAUUAUGAGGUGCUUUUGAUACCCUCUGUAAGCUUUCCGCACUUGGUCGCCCUCGCUUCUUCUCCAAAGGUUUCUCGGAAACAAGCAGGCUCAUGGCAGUAUCGGUUUGAAACUGUAGCAUGUCCAUCGUGUUCUUUCGGACAAGGCCUUCAGCAGAAGCAUCUCUUAAAUACUGCAACCAUGAGUUUGCAAGCGCAAAUGAGGUGAGGUGUGAAAUUACCCUUACAGGCCAUUUUUUUGUCUUUGCUCUGAUGUGAUAGAGCGACAUGAUAAAAUCCAACUUAUCAACCCCACCCAUGUGGCGAUGGCGAUUAUACUCUAGUAUAGCCUGUGGGCAUUCUACCUCGAUGCGCUCCUUUUUCGAGGAGCUCCACCUGCUCACAGCCCUAGCUUCACCAGUGGAAACCUGUGUUGAGGCCACCGUGACCAGAUUGUUGUCCUUCCAUCGCACAAGGGCAACGUCUCCUUCCUCUGUCACCUUGACAUCGGUGCUCCCACGCUCCUCCUUUCGCAUUUCUUUUUCGCCCUUCAGCUUACAACCCAGCAGCCUGUUGCACCUGAUCGUACCCGUGGCAAGGAUUCCAAUACCUUUUAGCUCCCUCAGAAGCAGCACGGACGUGAAGUAAUUGUCAAAGAACAAUUUCAGGUUGCGGUGCUGUGGGAAUGACUCCACAAGUCUCAUUACCACACAGCCCCCUAGACCAAGGUAGGAGAACUCCCGGUCUACUCCUGUGCCUUUGCCCUGAUAGAGUUCAAAAUCAUGCGCCAGACCAUCGGUGCUGCAUCGCACAAAGAUCUUCACACCAACAGGGUUUGGCUUACUUUUCACCACCUGUUUUGCUGGGACCCUUCCUGUAAAUGCCACCAUCUGCUCAUCAAUGCAGUUAUGUUCAAGCUCUUCAAGCUGAAGGCACCGGGACCUAAUGACAUCGAGGAGCGGCCUCACCUUCCAGAACUUGUCCACACUGGAUGCAUCCCUUGGCUCAUUCUGGUCAGUUAUGUGCAAUGCGCUUCGCAAUUUAAAAAAUCUGUUUACCGCCAUUGCAUCUGCAAUUGCAGAAAUUCGGGUACCGCUUUGCCAAUACAUGCGGACACGUGGGAAUUUCAGGACACCCAUGUAAAUGAGAAUUCCAAAAAACACUUUCAUCUCUUGCACGGAGCACGAAAGUUCGUUUCCUGUGUUCUGCAAGGCAUAAAUAUUUGUGUACUUCGUGAAGUCCUCGAACACUUCAUCGGUGAAAUACUUCAUGAAAUACUUUAGCGGUUCUUCUGGCGUUGAUCCGCCAAGCGGGUGGUAGGUGCAGCGCGUGUCCACUGGAUCGAAAGGUUUGGAGAGCCACUUGACAUGCUUCACUUUUUUCGCAGGCAUCUCAUCACUGUCACUGAGAUCACCCUCGUCGUCUGCAGGAUGCAUUUUAGGGUCAUGCUCCUCAUUCGAUGCAGUUACCUGCAAACGUAAAGGCAAAAUGAUGCAACUGCUAACAAGAAAUUUCGCUAUUUGCCACUUACCGCUUGAGCUGCCUGUACAUCGGCGACUUCAUCGUCAGAAAGAUCGGCGUCUGACACAUCUCCAUUCAUGAUGGCGUCAAAAAGCUGGUCUACUGACGAGUUCGGAGUCUUGCGUCUUGUUCUCGCAUGAGUCUGGAUGCCUAUAAAAGGAAAAAAAGGCUCAGUAAAGCAGAAAAGCGACAUUCGCCGCAGUUACAGCAGGAUGAACCGGCGGCCGCCUAAACGGUGCAUUUGUGACACGUUGUGUACAAAUAGACACGCCAUCGUAAACAUGACCACCGUUUCCUAACCAGUAGUACAAUAAAAAAUAAUUCCGUAUUAUUCUUAUCUAUAGCACUUAGUUAUCAGGUCCACAGCUUUAGUUCCAGCUUAAUCAACGUUUUAAAUAGGCAGAAAAGAUAAAGCCAAGAGCACCUACUUGACGCGCCGUAGAACGUCGAGGCGUCCAUCUUGUUUUCUUGUUUUGGUAAUGCAUUUGGCGCGGCAAUCACGAGAUGGCAGCACCGUCCGGUAGAGCGGUAAAUUCGAAUGCGGCUCCAAUGGCCCAAGUGUUGAUGACGACGAUAGAAGCUCGCAAAAAAGCUCGUGAAAAUCGCGUGUACAAUUGUACACGCCGUGUCGCAAAGGGUUAUUGAAGCUUCAUAUGCAUGUUUUGAUAAAUGUAUAACUCAUAAUAAUGCAAUGCUAAAAAUGAUACUUAACAUUGUGAAAGCAAGCAACUGAGGGAACAAGAGGAUUACGAAUUCACUUUUUCAUGUUUUCGACAUCUCGAUUUAUGCUGUGUGACAUUUUUUUGCGUGAGGGUAAAACUCCCGGUACACGAGUGGAUCUCGAGUUUUCAAUCAAUAACUCUGUGCACUGUGAGUGGAAAGAUCACCUUUGCUUACUAGUUGUGGUAAACAAGCUUUAACAAUUUAUGAAAUUGUCAGUAGUGUUGCACAAACAUGUAUGUAGUGAAUUUUGUUUUAUCCUGCCAAGAUUGUGUCAUUAUGCCACAAUGUUUACAAACAUUACGAUUGACUUAGAACAAAUCUGAUAUGUGACUGCGUUUUGGUUUAUAGAACACAAUCUGCCAUUCGUGCUUUCUGGUUCCUAUUGAGAAUGGCAUUUUAAUUACACCUUGCAUGUUAAUGCAUAAUUGACACUAACUUGAACUUACUUAACUUAAAGCAGCGUAGCUUAGUAGCUUUGGAGUUAUAAGUAACUUCUUGCGCAAUCUUGCAGCUUCUUAUGCAGCUUGUGUUGCUCACGUUGCAGCCAACUUAGUCCUGGCUGACAUUUUUCUGCACCGGUGAUCUCUGCAGAGCGUUCUGCACUUUCACAGAUAAAAGUGGGGGGCCCUCACCAGUGAGUACCAAAGUCCUUGAUAGGCGGGGGUACCUAGAAGCUGCUGGAGUACUCUCCUUGACACAUGCAUGCUCUGUAAUUCACUGAACAAGCCCUUAGGAAAUGCCAGAUUAUUUCCUUUCUGCAUCGGCAUGCGCACUUCCACAUUGUUUUAGGUUCCGAGUUGGGAGUUUGAUGCCACGAGAGAACAUGCAAACCAUCUUUCUCUCAUCUGGGGCAAGCUCAAACACUGCAGCAGGGGUGCACAUGUGAGCUAAUUAGUGACUCAGCUUAAUGGAAAAAGAAAUAGUGCAAACGCAGCACGACAACGGCUUAAAGAUGGGACACGGCACUGACUACCAAACUGUUGCUUUAUUGUGCCAACCGCAGGUACUUGUAUAGUUGGUAGCCAAUGCUUUGUACUGUGUUUUAGCUGACAACCCAUGCUCGCGUUUGUUCACCACAAAUGGUGCGCUGGCUUCAGCUGGAGAUAGCCCUAGAUUU